GUCUUGCUCCAUGCUCCUCAGUGCACAGAGCUCAGGGCGAAAUCUUGGCCGCUCCACUUUCACUGCGUUGCUAAGCGACCGCAGUCAGGUGACUGUCUGCAGACAGAACAUGGCUGACCUGUCAGAAGACCAAUGAGAGAAAGGCCAAAUUUCACAUUAUCGAUCUGCUUUCCCCUGGCUUUUGGACUACAGUCGGUCUCUCCAAAACAGUGUGAAAGGUAACGGCCAAGAUGAGUGGGUUUCCAGAUGGGCUGACAAAUGGCCCCAGUAAAAGUCACCAUGUGGAUAAUGGUGCUCAGGUUUGGGAGAGACCAUGGACUAUUGAAGAAAUGAAACAGAACAGCGCCAACUGGUCCCUGGCAGCUGACUCAGGGCUCUUCCUGUUCCUUCAAGACUUCAGCCAGAGGAUGUUGUCCAAGACCCAUGAGAUCGAGAAACAACUGGACAGCCUGAUCCGAGACACCAAAGCCACGGACAGCUGCCUACAUUCUGUUUUCAAUGACUUCCUCAUGCUGUCCAACACACAGUUUAUAGAGAAUAGGGUUUAUGAUGAAGAAGUAGAGGAGACGGUGCCCAAAGCAGAUGCAUCAGAAAAGCAGCCUGAGCAGGAGAAAACGAGGGAGCAGAAGGAGGCUGAGCUCAUCCCUAAAAUGCAAGAGGCCGUCACUUAUGGUCUCAAAGUCCUGGAAUCAGCUUUUGAACAUCUGGACAUCAAAGCUGGAAACUCCGACUCAGAGGAUGAAGAGGUGCCCGACAGAGUGGACGCCAUUUUGGAGCCUAAGGAUCUGUAUGUAGACAGACCUCUCCCAUACCUGAUCGGCUCCCAGCCUUUUAUGGAACAAGACGAUGUGGGGCUGGGUGACCUCUCCAGUGAUGAAAUGUCAGUGGACAGUGACAGAGAUAGUGUGAUUGAAAGUGAAGAUGGCAAAGCUGCUGUGCAUUCAGAUGAAGACUACAACCAGGAUGAUGACGAGACUCCGGAAAUAAUGAAAAAGAAGUCCUCCAUGUUGAGUUAUGAGGAUGAUGAAGAUGAUGAGGAUUCUGACAUAUUUGGAGAUUCUGACAAAGAGGAAGAAGAGGACAGAAAGAGCACACAGCAGGCAUCCUUCGCAGAUGAGCUAGCUGCCAGAAUCAAAGGAGAACCUGUCACUAAACCAGAGGUGGACCGCGCUUCUCUGUCAUCUAAGAAGAAGAGUAAGAGCCGGAAAGAGUCCAAGCCCAUCAAGCCGGAGGCAGACGAGGACAGUGAUGACAUGUUCAAACCUCCAAAGAUGGAAGAGGAAGAGGAGGAAGAGGACCUGUCUCCAUUUGGGGUGAAGAGCGGACUCUUCAGUGGGGGGAGGGGCCUGUUUGACGAUGACGAUGAGGGAGACCUUUUCUCUGAUGCACCUAAACCACAUGUGGCAGAGGAAAAAAUACAUCACACCACAAAAACAACAGCACCAUCUACAGAUUCCACAAAGUCUGGGAAGAAAAUUCCAGCUGGUGGAGUUUCAAUAUUCCCAGAGAAUAAUUUGUUUGGUUCACCCCCUGACACCGAGCCUGUGGAAAGUAAAGAGAAUGGGACUCCUGUAGUUAAAUCCACAAUUGGAGGAGGGCUGUUUGAUGAUGAAGAGGAGGACGACUUCUUCAGUGGAAGUUCAAAAACAUCUGCAUCUGCAGUAAAAGAGAAGGUCAAACCUAAAAAGGCUAUUGAUCUGUUCGAUGAUGAGGAUGAAGAUGGAGACCUGUUCAAUGACAAGUCCAGCACUCCUCAGAGCAAGAAAGAAGCAGAAGAAGUCAAGCCUCCGGAGAAAAAGAUGCCUGCUGGGGCUGUGUCUCUUUUUGGUCCUGGGACAAAGAGCCUGUUGUCUGAAGGCCUAAAGAAGCACCUCCCCUCCACCACCCACGAGCCACACAAGUCUGAGGAGAAUGGGAUUGUUCCAGACGUUGCAAAGCCUGCUCCACAGCCUCCUCAGAAGCCUCAGAGCCGGGGGCUGUUUUCAGAUGACGAGGACACACAGAAUGGAAUAGCUCCAGAAGUUGAAAAGCCUCCUCCAAAGCCCACAGUGCCGUCUCAGUCCAGGGGUUUGUUUUCAGACGAUGAAGACUCACAGAUCUUCCCAUCUGUCCCCAAAAGUCAAUCUAAACCUGAGACACAGAGUCAAACCAAGACCAAGAAACCAGCCGUGUCCUUAUUCGACGACGAGGAUGAAGAGGACUUGUUUGCAUCUGCCUCUAAAUCUAAACCUACAGCACCUCAAACUAAAGCCUCCACUCCACAGACCAGUAAAGCAACGUCCAGCUCCCUCUUCAGUGAUGACGAGGACCAGUGGUUGGGUCCUAAGAGCACAGAACCAAAGAGUGGGAUGAAGUCGAGUGUGAGCGCCCCCUCUGGUCUGCCCAGUAUCAAAGCGCCUCAGAAGAGCAGUUUGUUUGAUGAUGAGGAUGAUGACCUCUUUGCUCCGCCUAAAGAGUCAAGUCAGAAGAAGUCUCAGAGAGUAGCGCUGUUGUUUGAAGACGAGGACGAAGAUGACAAAGGAUCACUCUUUAGUAUCAAACCUGCAGCUUCACCGGCUCCUAAAUCUUCCCCAGUUCCCUCCAAGUCCCCUGCCCCUCCCCCAAAGAACACUCCCGACAUCCCACCCACGACAACAGCAGAAGACAAGCCUCCGGAUGUGUCCAAACCAGCGGAGAAGACCCCCACGCCCACGCCAACCUCACCACCAGAGGGCAGUGCGCCAGCCAGGAAGAAGCCAGCCGGAGCGGUCAGCCUGUUCGGAGGGAUCGAUGUGUUCGCCAGCGCACAGAGCAAAAGUUCAGUGGAGAAAGAGACAGAUAAAGAUGGUGUUGACAGUGGUCCUCUGAAUGUAGAGGAGAAAGAGGAGAAGAAAGAGGAGAAGAAAGAGGAGAAGAAAGAGGAGAAGAAAGGAGAGAAAUCCAAAGUGAAGGCUGUGAGUUUGUUUGACGACGAUGAGGAGGAGGAGCCAGAUCUGAGCGAUUCGAUAUUCACGCCGUCCAAACCUCCUAAAAACACUCUAAAGUCCACAGAGGAGAGGGUCCCAGCCAAAAGCACAGGAGUGUUCCAGGACGAGGAGCUGCUCUUCAGUCACACUCAGCAGAAGGACAAUGACCCGGAUGUAGACCUCUUCUCCUCCUCAGGGAAAAACACUCACACUACGAGUUCCAAGCCCAGCAGCACAGUGAAGCCAGCCGCACCCAGUCUGUUUUCAGAUGAUGAUGAAGACGACUUAUUCAGCGCUGUCAAACCCAAAGCCCCACCACCGAAAGUAGCAGAGAAGCCCAGUAAACCUGUGGAAAAGGCACCACUGGCCAGUCCAGAGCCGUCAUCAGAGAGUCAGAAGCCUGCCCCAGCUCCUGUUAAACCUAAAGAUCCCUCUUCAAGGAUUGGGAAACUUCAAGCGUCCCUUGUGAUAAACCCGUCCGCUCUUCUGCCUGGUGCCCUCCCGUCCCUCCCCAGCUCAGGCUCAGGUCUGGGCGCCAGUUCCUCAUCAGGAGUGUCCAGCUCCAGCCUGAGCCCGAGCCCGCUCACCUCUCCUCUGGAACUGCCCCAAGACACUGAGGCAGCAGGGGUCAGCUUUGACACACCCGCACAGGUCACUACACUGCAGAGUGCACACAAGGGCCGAGUGAAAGGUUCGUCCCUGCGGAGGCCCCAGUCCAGAGCAGCUCGACAGCUGUCUGCUCAGAAGUCUGUACAGGACACCAGUGAUGCCCUGAUAAAGACUGUACCCAACCCCAGUGUGCCUAAAAUGCGCCCGCCUCCUCCUGCAGAGCCCCUCUCUGCUCCAGUCCAACCAUCUCCUGCACCCGCUGCCCUCACAGUACCAGUAUCCACAAACCACACAGACUCUAGCAAAGAAAGCAACAAACCUAAAAACACAUUACCCAUUCCAGACGACAUUUUCAGCUCUGACAAUCUGUUUGGAUCAAGUAUAGCUCCUUCUAAACCGCCUUCAACUAACUUGAAAAAUGAAUCUUCGCCAGCCAGUAAUGACACGAAAGCGAAGAAAGAGAAAGGCGGUCUCCCCUCUCUCUUUGACGACAGCACUGAUGACCUUUUCCAGAAGGUCAAGUCCAAACCGAGCACUAAGAAAGCCAAGCCCGCAGUGUUUUUGGAAGAUGAGGAUGACGAGGAUCUGUUUGGAGUUAACAACAGCACCACCCCCUCCACAAACAGUAAAGACAGCAAGAGUAGUAAUAGUACGUCAAAGCAAGAUAUCUUUCAGGAUGAAGUGGACCCAGUGCCUAAAGCCCAGAAGAAGCACAAGGAGAAGAAGUUUGAUGCCAGUUUGUUUGACGAUAACGUGGACAUUUUUGCCGAUCUGUCGGACACGUUCAAACCCAAACACAAGGCCAAGACAAAAGGAGAGGCCAAGUCCAUAUUCGAUGAUGACAUGGAUGACAUCUUCUCCACAAGCACAGUCAAAGCAGUAGCCAAGGCUCCUCCUAAACAGAAGAAACCCCCCUCUCCUCCAGAGCCCAGUGCGGCCUCCGACACAGUGGACAUAUUCGACGAUCCACUCAAUGCCCUGGGAGGAAACUGAACUCCACUCGCCUUAUUUUUACACCUGUGGACUAGCUCAUCAUGUGACCCAAACUACAGACCCGGACACUGUUAUGUUUAUUCGCAAUUAUGCCGUUUAAAGGUCCUACAUUACACUCAUUUAUUAUAAUGUUUCUUCAUCGAAAACGUACCUGGAGUUGUGUUUUGUUUCAUUCACUCAUGUUUAACACACAAAUAGAGAUAUAUGGAGAUAUAGAUAGGCUAAUAAUGCUGGAUUACUCAAACAUGUGUGAAUGAAACAAAACACAACUACAAGUCUGUGUUUGAUGAGGUAACAAC